AGCACCCCUCCCUCUUCCUUUGAUCGAAUUUCAUUCUCGGAAAAUGAAAACAAUCAUGGAUCGAAAUCCCAAUGAUUCUCUCUCCAUCUCCAGCAGACACUUCAACUGGAGAGACAAACCCGAAGACUACGACGAAGAAACCAGGCUGCCCGAGCUCGAUUUGGCCGUCCCCAAACGGAAGCCUCCCCGGACGGCGGUGGCCAGGCUCCGCUCCGUCUUGAGCUUCGGAACCAAGAAGCGGGCCGGCGGGGGAAAUCUGGGUACCCGGGUCGUCGGGACUCUGUUCGGGUACCGGCGUGGGCACGUCCUGUUCUCGUUCCAGGACGACCCGAAGCUCUGCCCGGCGUUCUUGGUGGAGAUGGCGAUGCACACGAGCGUUCUGGUCCGGGAAAUGGCGUCCGGCGCGGUCCGGGUCGCGCUGGAGUGCGACAAGGGGACCGGGAAGAAACCGGGCCGGAUUCUGGAGGAGCCGGUUUGGAGGACGUACUGCAACGGCCGGAGGUACGGGUUCGCCGUGAAGAGGGAAUGCGGGCCGGACGAGUGGAAGGUUCUGAACUCGAUCGGGCCGGUCUCGAUGGGCGCCGGCGUGUUGCCGGCGAAGGAAAGCGACGGCGGCAUGCCGGCCGGCGAGAUGACGUACAUGCGGGCCAUGUUCGAGAGGGUGGUGGGGUCCAAAGACUCGGAAGCUUUCUACAUGAUGAACCCAGACGGCCAUGGAGGUCCGGAGUUUAGUCUCUAUUUACUGAGGGUUUAGCUCAAUUUAAUUACGU